CGCCCACUAGCCCAUUUGUCCCUCGGGUGUAGCCUCCGAUUGGCUGAGGGGGCUGCGGGUCCUGAGACGGCGCGGCAGCCGCUGAGCCAGCGCAAAGCUGUAUACAGUUCGCGCUGGAAAUGCGAGCUGAGUGCAUGGUGGAGUCAGCUGCAUUGAAGACAAGGGUUUAUUUUGCACCUCAUCCACAGACUGGAUAUUUUUUAAUGAUUUGUUUUUACCAUCUGUUAUAAAGGACUGUUUAUACUAUAGCUUCACAACUAAAUUAACGUGCUUACUACAAAUGGCCAUCAGUCGGAAUUGGAUUUAUUGAAAGUGCACUGGAACGCAAAGGUUCAAAUAUUUUGAUUUUCAACAUAUGUGAAACAAUUAAGAGAAGGGCGUUUUAAAGAAUUCUGGAGUCAGAAAAAGCAGCUUCUUACAUUCGGGAAAUACUGGAUAACCGUGGACAGUAAGCUUUAAGAAACAUGUUCCUUCAGCAAGGUCUUGUAUGUCUUGUAAGAUUUCUGGUUGGAUUUUUUUUUCUGGCUUGAUACGGUAGUUUCCCCCCCUUACUUUUAAUGCGGCUUCAUCAUAGGCUGCCAAAUUAAAAUUAUCUUUUCAAAUUGAGAAAAUUAAUCAAUUAAACACCAGUGUGAAACUGGUAUAACGGUUGCUUAAAAACUCAGUUGUCGUAGGCUAUUUGGUUUAUAAUGGAAUAUUGUAAUGCAACUAGUAACAACGGAAAUAUCUAAUCGACCGAUCUUGUUUAAUGUAUUUUACAGACUAUAGCUUACACUAGAUGUAGCGUUCGCCUGCAGUUCACCCGUAAUUAUUUCAGUUUUUUUUUUUAUUGAACAUCUUUUUUCGCCUUCGUAAUGGUCAAUGUCUGUCUCCACUGUUUUGCCAAUAGGAAUUAUCUGCGGCUGUUGCACGGGGGAUAUCGUCUUCGGAUUCACACCAUGUUUCAUCAGCGUUAUUUUUGAAUUCUAAUUUAAUCGGUUGAAUUUAAUUUAUAAUAAUCCCGAUGAAUUAAAUGAAUCGGAAUUCGACUGUAGCCUAGCCUACAGCAGCCUAAGUGCACCAGUUUACUGUGCGCGCCACUGUUCACUGAAGCUGUAUAUCAGGCAUUUUUGUCUAACGGCACGUUUUGAGCAUGUACUCUGUAACUUUUUACAUGCUGAAUACCCUAGUGCGAUUUCCACUGUAAUUAUGAAAGACAUCUAUGUGCACACAUGUAAACUGUACGCAAAAGUACUGUUGUAAAUCAAUAAGAGAAGAAAACAAAUCAACAAGUAUGUCCUCCAAGGAAAUGUAUUUUAUACAACUAAGUCUAAUAGCUCUUCUGUUCUGGACUGGGGCGGAUGCUGUAAUCAAUCUGAAAUACUCGGUGGACGAGGAUCAAAUGGCAGGGACAGAAAUUGCAAACAUAGCGAAGGACGCAAAAGAAGCAGGAUUUGUGAUUGAUCCUCGGCAGCCUGCCUUACGAGUUAUCUCCAACACAGCACCGCAGUUAGUGGACAUCAACUCAGCGGGGUUUCUCAUCAACAAACAAAAAAUAGACCGGGAUACGUUUUGCCGACAGACACCAACAUGUUUUAUUUCGUUGGAAGUGAUGUCCAACUCGAUGGAAAUAUGCAUGAUAAAACUAGAAAUCAAGGACCUGAACGACAAUGCACCCAUUUUCACAAAAGAUCACAUUGACCUUAACAUUUCGGAGACUGCCACUCCCGGCACCAAGAUACCCCUAGAGGGGGCAAACGAUCCGGAUUCUGGAAUUUUUGGUGUACAAAAAUACGAAAUCACCCCAAAAGACAUGUUUGGGUUGGACAUUAAGACAAGGGGAGACGGAUCUAGAUUUGCCGAACUCGUUUUGGAAAAGCCACUGGACAGGGAAACACAAUCUCACUACAGUUAUGUGAUCACUGCUUUGGACGGAGGAGACCCACCAAAGUUUGACACAGUAACACUUAAUAUUAAAGUGAUAGAUUCAAACGACAACAACCCAGUUUUCGAUCAGGCUGUGUACAAUGUUAAGGUGUUGGAAAACUCUCCGAAUAACACCAUGGUCAUUGACCUGAAUGCCACAGAUCCAGAUGAAGGCACGAACGGUGAAAUAUUGUAUUCAUUUAACAGUUACGUCUCUGAAAAAACACGAGAACUCUUCAAAAUUGACCCUCGAACUGGUGUAAUAUCAGUCAGUGGGGAACUGGAUUUUGAGUCGACUAACGUUUAUGAAAUUGAUGUACAAGCUAAAGAUCUAGGUCCAAAUUCUAUCCCGGCUCACUGCAAAAUAACAAUAAAUGUUAUGGACGCAAACGAUAAUGUCCCGGUAAUUAAGAUGUUGUCUGCAAACAGCGAGAUGGUCGAAGUGAGUGAAAACGCGCAGCUGGGAUAUGUCAUAGCCCUCGUGAGGGUUUCAGACAGGGACUCGGGGGCUAAUGGGAGGGUGCAACUGCGACUGCAGGGCAACGUACCUUUCCGACUCCAGGAGUAUGAGAGCUUUUCCACAAUACUCGUCGAUGGGAGACUGGAUAGAGAACAGAGGGACACGUACAAUUUAACAAUUCAAGCUGUGGACAGUGGCAUUCCACCCUUAAAAACCACAAAAUCACUUACUGUUAAAGUGACAGAUGAGAAUGAUAACCCUCCACACUUUACUAAACCACAUUAUCAAGAAAUGAUCCUCGAAAACAACACGCCUGGGGCUUACUUGCUUUCUGUGUCGGCGAGGGACCCUGACCUGGGGCUAAAUGGCACGGUGACCUACCAAAUUGUCCCGUCUCAAGUUAGAGAUAUGCCGGUGUUCACAUAUGUGUCGAUAAACCCCACUUCUGGUGAUAUUUAUUCACAGCGAUCGUUCAACCACGAGCUUACAAGGACUUUCGAAUUCAAAGUUUUGGCUAAAGAUGGAGGCAACCCAUCUCUGACAAGUAAUGCAACUGUACGGAUUGUUGUUUUAGACGUGAACGACAAUACGCCUGUCAUGACCACACCGCCUUUAAUAAAUGGCACGGCUAAAGUGUCUAUUCCAAGCAAUGCUGGAGUGGGUUAUUUAGUAACCCAGGUACAAGCCGACGACUACGAUGAGGGUGAAAACGGAAGAUUGACUUACUCCAUAUCAGAGGGAGAUAGAGCUUACUUUGAAAUAGACCAAGUGAAUGGCGAAAUUCGUACCACCAGGACGUUUGGAGAGAGCACGAAGUCUGUUUACGAGAUAACUGUAGUAGCACACGACCACGGGAAAACGUCUUUAACAGCCUCCGCAUUUAUUGUGAUCUACCUCUCAAAAGACAUGAACGAGCAGGAGUCUAUUGGACCGGUGAACUUAUCUCUCAUCUUCAUCAUUGCCCUGGGCUCUAUCGCUGCUAUCCUGUUUGUCACAAUGAUAUUUGUGGCAGUCAAAUGUAAAAGGGACAACAAAGAAAUCCGAACAUACAACUGCAGUUUCUUCUACUUGCGUAGGGUGGCAGAGUAUUCCUAUGGCAACCAGAAGAAAUCCAGCAAGAAGAAGAAACUGAACAAGAAUGACAUCCGACUGGUGCCACGCGACACAGAGGAGACGCACAAGAUGAACGUGGUGAGUUGCUCGUCGCUCACCUCCUCGCUCAACUACUUCGACUACCACCAGCAGAGCCUGCCGCUGGGCUGUCGGCGCUCCGAGAGCACCUUCCUCAACGUGGAGAACCAGAACGCCCGCAACGCCGCCCCUAACCAUGGCUACCAUCACACUUUCACCGGCCAGGGCCCGCAACAGCCCGACCUCAUCAUCAACGGCAUGCCCCUUCCAGAGACGGAAAAUUAUUCCAUUGACUCCAGCUACAUGAACAGUAGAGCACACCUCAUUAAAAGCACGUCGACGUUCAAGGACUUGGAGGGGAACAGCCUCAAGGACAGCGGCCACGAGGAGAGCGACCAGACCGACAGCGAGCACGACGUCCAGCGAGCCCUGUACGCUGACACCGCUGUCAACGACGUGCUGAAUAUGAGCGUGCAGCCCAACGCCAGCCAGGUGCCAGAUCAAGACUCCGGUGAGACCUUCCACUGCCAGGAGGAGUGCCGCAUCCUGGGUCACUCCGACCGGUGCUGGAUGCCUCGGGUGCCUGUCCGGGUCAAGUCCCCGGAACACGGCCGCAACGUCAUCGCCCUGCCCAUCGAGCCCCCCACCGUGGACGUCCCGCACUACGAGGACUGCGGCGGCAAAAGGACUUUUGCCACCUUCGGCAAGGAUGGGCCCGAGGAGGCGGAGCGGAAUGAGGGCAAGUGCAGGAGGACAGCCGAGCCCCAGGCGUGCAGCCCCAAGGCCAACGGGACGGUCCGGGAAGCGGGCAACGGGCGGGAGGCGGUGAGCCCCGUCAAGUCUCCCGUGCACUUAAAGAGCCCCCUCUCCAAGCCCACCUCCGCCUACGGCACCCUGAAGCGGCGGGACGCCGAGAGGAUGGCCAAGCAUGCCCUGAUGCGGCAGCCCGAGGGGAAGGACAGCGAGCCGGCCAAUCGGGAGGUCAGCCAGAGCCUGCACGACUGCCCGGGAAAGGAGUCGCCUGCCACCCGCCGCCUGAAGGACAUUGUGCUGUAAGCCAGGCCCGGGGGUCAGGGAGUGCUAGCGGGGCAACGGCCGGAGGGGGGAGGGGCGUGUGUAUAAAACAACAGACUUACUCCGAUUUCGAAUAUGUGAUGUGCAACGGCAUGAGAGAGCACAUCGGGAGCACAGCACAUAUAAGGAAGGAUUUUUAUCAGUGAACGAAAUGUGCUUUGCUGGACAUCUGUGGAAGAGGGGAAAAAAAAAAACAGUUUCUCAUCCACCGAACUAAGUGACGGGACAGCAGGGCCACUGGUUACUAUGUAACAUGCCAAUCAGACAAUCUGCAGUAGGAAACAAAAACGGAUAUAAGUAGAGUCAUGCCUGUUUUUAUUUUUCUAUCUUUUUUUUCAUAUGGGCUUUUUUUGUGGUUACAUUCAGCAGCCGGAUUAUUCUACAGUUUUUUGAAUGCACUAUCCCUCCUGUGACCCUCCACUACGUAGUGGGCAACUGAAUCUGUACAGACAUUUCUCCGGAUCUUGUGGGCCAAUUUCCUGUGUAUGCCUCCACGAAAAGAAGGGAAAACAAAUUGUUCUGCUGCCAUUUUGUUCUCCUUUUUCCUAUUCUCCUUUUGUCUGAAUCUCCCUCCAUGUACUUGAAUAUAUUAUAGCAUUCCAUAAGUGUGAGGUCGAAAAUGACAGGAUAUUUUUCUUUGUUUAACUACUGGUGAAACCGAUGGAACAUUAAGCAUCAAUUGAUGUCUUCUCAAAACAGCAAGUGGCAAAGUGGUCUUUCUAACUAAACUGAAAUUAUAAGACUGAAUCCUGCUUUCAAAUCUCCUGUGCCCAUUCCUGAUUGUAGGCAGUGCGGCAGAGUUUCCUAUGCUGUCAUUAUAUGGUGUUGUACUUUCUUUUGGAAAUCUGAGUAUGGGGGCUAGGAUAUAGAAGGGACAGUCACUCACAGACAUGUCUUGCUGUGUGGAGCUCGUUUAAGUUUUCAUGAUUAUGAUUUAUAAUAACCUGUUGUUAUGUGACAAUCCCUUUAAUGUUUCUUUUCAAGAGAAAAAUAAAGCAUAGAUAUUUGUGUUCUACUGAAGGUGAAGUAGCAUUUGUUACACAAACAUGUAAAAGAAUAAAAAUACAUAUGCCAAAAUCUAUUUUAUACAUAAUUUAAAAUGUAUUAUGAGAAAAUGUGAUGCUGUCUGGUUAAUUUGUCAGUAAGUUAUACUUGAAAUUAACAGGCUAUUUGAUUUGUUAUUUUUGUAUCUUGAUUUACCUUUUGCAGACUGAACUUGGACAUUUUGUUUAAUAUGUUACCCCUGGCAACUGUUGACUUGCAGUCUAUCUUGUUGUAAAAGAGUUUUUUAUUGGUCAGUUCUUGUGCCAUCGAUUUUCUGUGAGCUGUGUGGGCAAAUAGAAAAAAAAAAAAAAAAAAAAAAAAAAUCAGCACCAACAGUAGUGUCAGUUAAAAGAGCUUAGAGUGAGAUCAGAAGAAACCAAAAAAUCAAAACAAACAAAAACAACAAAAAAAAAAAAAAAAACAAGCAAAAAAAAAAAAAAAACAAAAACAACAGUUGACAUCAUGAUAACAGAGGUGAUUGUUUAGUCUUAAUAUUUAAGUGGAAAAAAUGGUUCAAACCAGCUUUGUAAGCUGGGGAGAUGGUUCCAUAGAACUCUGAAAGUCUGUUUUUGGCAGGAUUUAUUCUUGGUUGAGCAAUGUGGCAUGGAUAUACAAAAUGAUUGUUAGCCAAGAUCAACAGCUUACCUGGAAUGCAAAAUAAUUCAAAUUAAUUUUAGUUGAAAAAAGUUGAAUCCAUCCUAUGGAAGUUGAUGAUGCCAAAGCAGAUGUUACAGAUUCUUGUUUUGGAAAGGUCUGGCUUAAAUCCUAAAUACAUCCUAUGAAAUUAUACAACAAAACCGCACCUGAUUGUUUGAUAUGGUUGCUUUUGCAGUUUACCAUAUCUAUGAAAAGGACAGUUCAUAGGAUGGAACUUAACUUGAAUGUUUGCAGGUCUCACAGACAACUUCUGGUAACAUUACAAUCUGAACAAUCACUGAAUGUAUGCAGCAGCUUAUUAUUAAACUAAAUGUUCUCCA